AUGGAGUUCUAAUUGUUGUCCUUUAUUUCGUAAGGUCCCAGCAAUGUUAUGAAUAAAUAUUCUAUAUUAAUGUACGAUAGUAAGUUUAAGCCUUAUUUGAAGACACACUAUAAUAACGGGACUCCUUUAUAACAUGAAGUUUCUUCUGCUGGUUGGUUUCUGCUGCAUGGCAACUGGUUUCCCUAAUGGAGCACCUGACAUUGCAUGUAAAGAAAUGGUGCCAGGGCAUCUUCCAACUGUAACUUCCGGUGACAAUCCUUUUAAACUUAACAUUUCCGUAACGUCGUAUAAACCAGGCGAUGUUAUAACAGGAGAACUCUACUCAGCCGAGAACAUUAAAUUCAGAGGAUUCUUGAUAGAAGUUGGAACAGCACAAGAUGUCUCAGAAAAAGAGGAAGGUGUGGGUGAAUUCAUAAAUCUCGAUACGGGUAUACAAAAACAUGUCUGCGGAAAGGCUGGCAUAACCCACAUCAAUAAUCAGGACAAAUUAUCUGUAAAAUUUUCAUGGAAGGCACCCGAUACAUCUGCUGGUGAUUUGUCAAUAAGGUAACCUAUAUUAUUUCUCAUCUUUA